GGGAGAUUCAGGGUCGGGUCCUACCGCCCGCGGAGCGGAAUGUUCUCUGAGCUGAGCCGCUGUCGGUCACCACUCCCGGUGGGAGAACCAGUUCCUGACGGUGGAGCCGGAGGCAUGAGCGGCGCGAAACUCCUAUGGAGCUGUAUAGCGCCCAGGACGCUUCCACACGAUUCCUCAGCAUCGCCCAUCGUUCUGUCUCCGAAGACUUGGGCUGUAGACGUGGCGAGUUCAGCAGAAAGCAUUAUGGAUCUGUGGAGCUGCUUAUAUCUAGUGAUGCUGAUGGAGCCAUUCAAAGAGCUGGACGUUUCCGAGUGGAAAACGGAUCUUCUGAUGAGAAUGCAGAUUUCACCCCAGGUACAUGGCGCAGAACAGAUGUGCACUUGGAAAACCCAGAGUACCACACCAGAUGGUAUUUCAAAUAUUUUCUAGGAAAAGUUCAUCAGAAUUACAUAGGUACAGAUGCAGAGAAGAACCCUUUUUUUCUGUCUGUCGUGCUCUCCAACCAAAACAAUCAACGUGUCCCUCAAUACCGCUCAAUUCUCUGGAAAAAAACAGGUACUCAGAAAAUAUGCCUCCCUUACAGUCCCACGAAAACAUUAUCAGUGAAAUCUAUUUUAAGUGCCAUGAAUCUUGACAAAUUUGAAAAAAGCCCUAGGGAAAUUCUUCACCCUGAGAUACAAAAGGAUUUACUGGUUCUUGAAGAGCAAGAGGGCUGCGUAAAUUUUAAGUUUGGAGUUCUUUAUGCCAAAGAUGGUCAACUUACAGACGAUGAAAUGUUCAGCAAUGAAACUGGAAGUGACAGCUUUCAAAGAUUAUUGAAUCUUUUGGGUGACACAAUUACACUGAAGGGCUGGACAGGCUACAGAGGAGGCCUGGAUACUAAAAAUGAUACAACAGGAAUAUAUUCCAUCUACACAGUGUAUCAAGGGCAUGAGAUUAUGUUCCAUGUUUCAACCAUGUUACCAUAUUCUAAAGAGAACAAGCAGCAAGUAGAAAGGAAGCGUCAUAUUGGAAAUGACAUUGUCACUAUCGUGUUCCAGGAAGGGGAAGAAUCUUCUCCAGCAUUUAAGCCUUCCAUGAUUCGCUCUCAUUUUACACAUAUUUUUGCCUUAGUGAGAUAUAAUAAGCAAAAUGAUAGUUACAGGUUGAAAAUAUUUUCAGAAGAAAGUGUACCUCUCUUUGGGCCUCCCCUUCCAUCCCCACCUGUGUUCACAGAUCACCAGGAAUUCAGGGACUUUGUACUAGUGAAGUUAAUAAAUGGGGAAAAAGCCACCUUGGAAACUCCAACAUUUGCUCAGAAACGGCAGCGCACUCUAGACAUGCUGAUUCGUUCUUUAUACCAGGACCUCAUGCCUGAUCUACACAAGAACAUGCUUAAUAGGAGGUCCUUCAGUGACGUGUUACCAGAAUCCCCUAGAUCAGCACGGAAGAAAGAGGAGGCCCGUCAAGCAGAAUUUGUCCGACUUGGUCAGGCACUGAAACUGAAAACCAUUGUGAGAGGAGAUGCCCUAACUAGUUCAGCAACCACAAGCCUCUAUAAAAAGGAGCCGUGGGAGUCCCAUUGUUUCUGCAGUAAUUUUCCUCAUGAAGUUGUUUGUGCGGAUUCUUGGGGCCAGUCCUUGCUAGUUUCUACAGAUGUUGGUGUCCUGCUAAUAGAUGAUGGCCAGUCAUCAGUGCAAGUAUUUGAUAAAACUCUCCAGGUGAAACAGAUGCAUGUGCUGGAAGCUUUGGACCUUUUGAUUACCAGAGCAGACAAAGGGAAGGACUCUCGUCUCCUUGUCUUCAGGAUGAGCGCUGUACAAAAUGGCAUAGAAGCAAAGCAGAUGGCAAAGAGCAAAUAUGACUGCAGAGAAAAUAAACUUGAGAAAACAAAAGGCUGCCAUUUGUAUGCCAUUAAUACUCACCACAGCAGUGAACUGAGGAUUGUUGUGGCUAUUAGGAACAAACUGCUUCUCAUCACAAAGAAAUACAAUCAAGGCAACGAUUUAACCAGUGUCUGUUUGAUGUCACCACUGUCUGAAUCACCAGUGGAGGAAUUCCAGUACAUCAGGGAGAUUUGUCUCUCUGACCCUCCAGUGAUCAUGACUCUGGUGGAUGGACCUACUGGAGACAAUGACAAUAUGAUCUGUGUAGCAUAUCGGCAUCAGUUUGAUUUAGUUAACGAGAGUACUGGGGAGUCCUACAGGUUACAUCAUGUUGAAGCAAGCAGGGUUAAUUUUGUUGCAGCUAUUGAUGUAUAUGAAGAUGGUGAAGCUGGUCUUCUGUUGUGUUAUAACUAUGUCUGCUACUACAGAAAGGUAUGCCCCUAUAAUGGGGGUACUCCUUUGGUCCAGACAUCGGCAUCAGACUUCCACUUUAGUUGGAAUCAGGUUCCUUAUGCCAUUGUUUGUGCUUUCCCUUAUAUCCUGGCUUUCACUACUGAUUCCAUAGAGAUACGAUUAGUGGUGAAUGGGAACCUAGUCCACACAGCUGUGGUGCCUGAACUUCAACUUGUUGCAUCAAGGUCAGAUAUUUAUUUUAAAGCUACUGGAACAGUAAGUGGAUCAUCCAAUAGCAGUUCCAAGGAAACUAGUUCAAACAGUUCUCCUCAGACUCCAACAGCUCAUGAAAUGCCAGAAUUUCCUUCUUCCUCAGCGGAAGGUGAAGUUCAGUAUAAAAACUUAUUCAAAAUUCCUCUCAGUAACCUGGUUGGGAGGAGCAUUGAACGACCUCUGAAGUCACCAUUAGUCCCCAAGGCCAUCACCACCUCAACUUCCAGUGUUAUUGCCUCAGCUCCUGUCAGUCACUCAUUAUCUUUGUCUCGUAUGGAAAUUAAAGAAAUUGCAAGCAGGACACGCAAAGAACUGCUGGGCCUCUUGGAUGAGAAAGUUCCCAAAUCAGAAGUAGCACAGAAGCAAAAGAAGGUUCCUCGAAAACCAUCAGACCACAAGCAGGCAGCAAUAAGGUCAACAAGCAGUGACAGAAUAAUUUCAAGCUCUUUUGAAAGCAGUUCUGAAGGGCGUCACCUUUCCACUAGUUCAGAUCCUGAUACUGCAGCAAACCGGGAGGAGAGCCCACCAUCUAGCAGUCCAUUUCAUCUCACUACUUCAUUUGAUGAAGACAUCAUUGACUUGAAGUGAAGACAAUCUUGAGUCCCUUAUUUUUCUUAUGACUCUGAAAGCCUUAUAGUAAUGUCACAACACUGCUUUUAGUGAAAGCAUAUGGCUGGAAAUAGAGUUGGUGAAUAUUCUCUACAGAACCAAACUGGGUGAAGCUUUUUUGCCCUCUUUGUUUACCUUUCUCAGUUAAAGAACCAGUGGUUUGUAUUGUAGCAAGGUGGUAGAUAUCAAUGGUAGUUUUAGGACGAUAAUUUUAAGUAAAUGAAAGGAUUCAUUUUUAUUCUCUCUGAAUUUACGUUUGGAGUACGUGAAUGAGAGUAACACUUAGCUGUGUUAUUUGCAGCCACUGAUAUUACAAAUUGUUCCAUAGCACAGUGUGUCAUGUAGAAAGAUGAUCUUUAUAAAGAAAAUUAAUUUAUUCUAAUUUUUUUAAAAGAUAAAAACAAACUUGUGACAAAGUUCUUUUCAGCCAGGAUCAUCUGUCACUGAAGUGGUACUGUUCUGUUAUAAUGUUUACUGAAGAACUAAGGAUAUUCUAUGAAGAUCAGGUAAGAUAAAGCAUACAUUUUUAACAGUGAGAGUAAAUUACAGAGAAUAAAGUGAAUGUUUUUCUAAAAGUUCUGCUCUGAGAAUUAUUUUGUGUAAGUUAAAUGGCCUGUGUUAUACAGGAGGUCAGACUAGAUGAUCACAAUGAUCCCUUCAGGCCGUGGAAUCUAUGAAUAAGAUACAAACAUGCUUUCUUAGCUCUCAUCUUUCCAUGUAUAUUUUUUCUGAGAGGGACCCGAAAACAAGAUUUGGAGUAAAAAUUCCAGAAUGCAGAGAAUUUUGUAGAAAAAUAUGAACUUUCAAAUUAUUCAUCUAAAAAUUGAAAAUCAAAGAUAAAGGAAGAAAGAGAUGCAUCAGGCUAACAAAGCAACUGGAAUAUUAUCUCUGUUAUAUACCUGCAGACUUCUUGAAAACACAGUAUGUAGGAUCCAGCAUCUGAUUUUGCGUUCCAUUUUCUAUCAGUGUUUUGACUUGCAGAUGAACCUCCUGUUAACAUGCAGGCAUCUGUAUUUGUUGCUAUUUGCUUGUGCGUUAGCUGUUUAAAUUAUAACAUUUUAGACUGCUCCAAAUAGCUACAUUUUGCUGAGUGAAUCCAGGCUGAAAUUUCACUGAACAGCUAGGUUUUUGUGGUGAAAUAGUAACAAUAAACCUUUUGAUGUAUGAAGGACAGAUUUCACCUACAAAAUGAUUCUUGAGACCUUUCCUGCAUUUUAUGUAUGCCAAAAAAUCAGUUUGCAACAAAAAUCAAAAUGUUUUGCCUUUUCAUGAAAAUGAAGUUUUCCUUCUUUUUUACUUUAAGAUGUUAGUUCUGUUUACAAGUUAUUUCUUGUUCCAUAAUUAGAAAUAGUUCAGCAUCUUCAUUAUUUUAGGGAUGGCGUGCUGGUGUCAUAGUUUGUUUCCUUCUUAGCGUGAACAGCUGAAAACUUGUGUCUUUUAAAUGAGUGUAUCUGAAUAUAAUCCAGUUUCCUGCCUAGUACUCUAUUACCAACCUUUUACUAGUAUAGGUAGCUGCUAAUUUCUCCACCAAGAAAAUAUUAAUUAACUUAAUUUAAAGGAUCAUUUCUUAUUCUCAGCUGUAACAGCUGAUCAAGGAAAGAAGCAAUAUUUUCAGCUGCAAUCAUUCUUUCAAUAGAAUAAAGUAUUAUAACCAGUGAUUAGUAUUACUGUAUUUUUAAACCAGUAAAUCUGUGUGUUGUAAUUCUAAGAAAAAGCAUAUAAGAAAAGCAAGCUGAAAUUGUUUGCCAGAGAUUUCAACUCUUGUGAAAAAGCACUCCACAAUCGCUGGAAAGAGCUUAUACACCGUAUACCAUUUACCAGUGCAGUUAAGGUUGAAAAAUUAAGCUGAAAGAUGCCAAGAGUGGCACUUACUUUUGAUGGAGUCUGGGGCCUGUUGUGUGUGUGAAAGGCAGUAUUUCUUUAUACAACUAUAUUCAGGGCAGACCAUGUUAGCAUGCAAGUGAAUAUGUAUGGGGGCUCAUUGCACCCGCUUUAGGAGCACUAAUUGCACUAACAUCUCAUCCUGAAAGAAACAAUAAUAUUUUCUUUCCCUUUCUGUAUCCUCAGCCUUGUUCCAUUAUGUUGCUUCUGUCGUGUUAGUUGUACGUGCAUAUGCUCAUGGGUUAUUUUGCAGCCUAUACUCGUGUUGCAAACUCAGGCUUUAGUUAAAAUAAAAUUUUAACUGGAAAUUUUGGUUUGGUUUGUCAGAAUAUCAAAUUGUAAAUUGAAAUAGCUCAUGGAACUGUUCUCUUCUUCUGAUAUUCUAGCAGAGUCCACACAACUCAGCAUAUAAAAAUUAGCAUAGGCUAGAGCCUGAUGCUGCUGAGGGAGCUAAAAGGGCAUAUUGAAGGGACUUAGCGAAGAGCUGCAUAAUCAGUAGGGCUGUCAAGCGAUUAAAAAAA